CGCCAUGGCCUCGUCCUCGGGCAACGACGACGACCUCACCAUCCCCCGCGCCGCCAUCAACAAGAUGAUCAAGGAGACGCUGCCCAACGUGCGCGUGGCCAACGACGCCCGCGAGCUUGUGGUGAACUGCUGCACCGAGUUCAUCCACCUCAUCUCCUCCGAGGCCAACGAGAUCUGCAACAAGUCGGAGAAAAAGACCAUCUCCCCCGAGCACGUCAUCCAAGCACUGGAAAGUUUGGGUUUUGGCUCCUAUAUCAGUGAAGUAAAAGAAGUCUUACAAGAAUGCAUGCAACAAGCAGCCCAACAAGCACAGCUUGCUGCUGCCUCAGCCAGUGCAUCCAAUCAGGCAGGAUCCUCUCAGGAUGAAGAUGAUGAAGAUGAUAUCUGAAAUUCACCAGCUGAGUUUCUGUCUCCACUAAGAAAUAUUUUUUUCCUGCACAAUGAAAACAGUGAAAUGAAUGCUUACCUGUAAUUUUGUAUGCAUCAUGGACUGGCAAUUGAUAUUCUAGGGGUGUCUGCUGUUUGUGCUGUACAUGUAUAAACUGUCUUUUUUGAACUCUUGAAGAUUUAAGGUUCAGUAUCAUAUCAACUUUGGAUUUUUAAUGGUGUAUAUGGAAAUUUUAGAUAGCAGUGCGUCAUUUAUUUGAUCAAUAAACAGUGUUACGAUAAACAACAAGUUUAUAAAAUAUAGUGAGAUUUAUACAAAAAGCUCUAAAUCCGCAUUUGCAUUUCUUCCCUUUUAACUAAACUAUAAAAUCUUACUUAGAAUUUUUAAUUGUUUUUGGGGGGAGUGGUAUAGUAGGCAUAAUCUGUUAGGGGGAAAAAAAGGCAGAGUUCAGUAUUGUAGAGUCUGAAUUCUUAGUUCUUUUUUUAAAAUGAGGAUGUAAAUGGCAAUAAAUAUUAUAUAUGCUCAAAUACCACACUUGUUACAAAUUUGAAAAUGAUACAUUUUCACCAAGCUAGGAAAAGGUAUGUUUAAUAGGAGUUGUACAAAUUCAGUCAUUUUUUGUAUAGGGGUGAAAAAAGUAAACCCAUGGUUUUAUUAUGACAUCCAUUUGAAAGUCCUAACUAGCUGAAUAUUUCAUU